AAACAUGAAAAGCAAUACAAGCUGGUCUUGUUCUUGUUUUAUAUUGAAACAAUGCUUGUUGUCCGUUCUCGUUCUCACUGAGACAGUCGUGGCCAUAAACCUGCCCCCAAACUUGACAAUUCCAGCGCUAAUAGCUUUCGGUGACUCCAUUGUCGACACCGGAAAUAAUAACAAUAUCAAAUCGAUAGCUAAGUGCAAUUUUCAGCCUUACGGCAUCAAUUUCCAAGGCGGAAUUCCAACCGGGAGAUUUUGCGACGGACGAGUCCCCACCGAUUUGAUAGCUGAAGAAUUUGGAAUAAAAUCACUUGUACCAGCAUAUCUGGAUCCAAGUUUAAAGCCUGAAGAUCUGUUAACCGGUGUAUCAUUUGCGUCGGGAGGUUCUGGUUACGAUCCUUUAACACCCAAACUCGUGGCAGUAAUAUCAUUAGAAGAGCAAUUAAAAUAUUUCGAGGAGUACAUAGAGAAAGUGAAGAAUAUAGUUGGAGACGAAAGAAAAGACUUCAUAUUAGCAAAUAGCUUAUUCUUAUUGGUCGCAGGCAGCAACGACAUAGCCAAUACUUACUAUGUUCUCCGUGCAAGACCUCAAUACGACGUCGAUUCGUACACUACUCUUAUGGCCAACUCUACCACCGAUAUUGUGAAUAAACUAUACGGAUAUGGAGUGAGAAGAAUAGCCGUGUUUGGUGCACCACCACUUGGUUGUUUACCAUCACAGAGAACCUUAGCAGGAGGCCUUUUGAGAGAGUGUGCAGAGAAUUACAACGAAGCAGCAAAGCUUUUUAAUUCAAAGAUCUCCAAAAAAUUGGAUUUGUUGCAUAAAACUCUACCGGGUAUCAAACCGGUCUACACUAAUGUCUAUGACCCUCUUCUCGAUAUCAUCCAGAAUCCUGCAAAAUAUGGAUUUGGAGUGUCUAAUAAAGGAUGCUGUGGAACUGGACUCAUAGAAGUUGGUCCCCUGUGCAAUAAAAUCACAGCUUCUGUAUGUCCCGACUUGUCUAGCCGCGUGUUUUGGGACAGUUAUCAUCCCACAGAAAAAACUUACAAAGUGGUAGUCUCACUCUUGAUUAGCAAACUUGUUAAUAAGUUUGUCUGAAUUUAAAACUAAAGUUCACCUCGUAAUGACUGAUUAUAGUUCAUCAUGUUUGAUCUGUAGUUUUUGGAAAUUUUAAGUUUGGCUAAAUUUAAAACUAAAGGUCAUCUCGUAGUGACUGAUUAUAUUUGCUCUAAAUAAAGGUCACUCAUCAUGUAUGGUUUGUAAUAUUUGGAAAUUGUAUCUGCUUUUAA